AUCAAACCUAAGCUUAGUUAAUUAUCAUCAAGAUAGUGAGAAAGAGAGGAGAUGGCAGUGCUUAAGAUCAUAUUCGGAAACCUUGGCUCAUCAUUAGCUAAAAGGCCUGGUGUUUUCAAGUACUCUAAGCUGAAAACAAUGGAACUGCCAUAUGAUGUUAAAAAAGGGCAGUUUGCGGUGUUUGCAACUGAAGGAGAUGAAGCCAAUAGGUUCAUAGUUGAACUGGAGUGUCUUAAUAAUCCUGCAUUCUUGAAACUGUUAGAGAAAGCUGAAGAAGAAUUUGGGUUUGGACAAGAUGGAAUUAUUGGUCUACCUUGUAAACCAGAUGAGCUCAAGAGGAUUUUAGCAGGUAGUAGUGGAAGAAAAUAGUGUUUCUAAUAAUGAUAAACUUUGCAUCCAUUACACAGAAAUGUCAGUCGGAACGUGAAGAUUAACAGCUCCAAUGACAUUAGAAUACAUUCUCUUCGCGAAUUGGUGGAGUAUCUGGAACGAGUAGUAGUUUCGAGAGUAAAUCUAAAACUAGGGGAAACCUUAUUCUCACUCGAGAUUUAAGCGUUGUUUUUUAGUCUGUCGUCUUUAAAUCUUAUUUUUAAGUAGUUAUAAAUUUUAAUGUUUUGUUUUCGAUUGCAUGGGGAAGCGCAUAGAGUAGCUUACUUCUUCUCUGAUGCUCCUUCUUUGUAUGGCGUGUA